GAGAGGUCCUGUUACGUCACACAAGCGACGCAGGUUAACAUGUAGCCUCGUAGUUAACAUGCGUGCAGGAACAUAACUUAGCUAACGAGUUGUGCAGGAAUACGUUGACGUGCUAUCUGAUUUUAUAUCGUGUUGUGAUUGUUGAAGGCUACUGUAAUUUUCUGCGGCGUUGACUCAACAUGUGGAGCUCCGCCCGACGUGUCCUUCAGGAUCUGCUCAUCCCGGUUUCUGUCAGGAGUUUUUCUCUGACUCCUGCUCAGGACACUGUUGUGGUGGAACGAUGGUGGCAGGUCCCCUUGUCUAAAGUAGGCAGCCCCCCGAGGCUUCACCCUCGGAGACACAGAAUCUACAAGCUGGUCGACGACACCAAACACCGUCCCACAGAGAAGAUGGAGCUCAUUCUCACACAGACCGUAGAAAAGCUUGGAGGACGCGGAGACACUGUGUUUGUGAAAAAGUCAGUUGGACGCAAUAAGCUGCUGGCCCAAGGCCUCGCUGUGUAUCCAUCUCCAGAGAACAAACAAAUUUUUGCUGAGGAGUUACGGUUGUUGCGUGAAGGAAAACCUGAGGAAAGAACCCAAACCCGGACAGGACAACUGACUGUGGAGUACCUUAAGCGUUCCAAGCUGCUGAUAAACAAAAUGCCCUCAGAUGAAUUCCAGCUGACUAAGGAAGUUGUCUGCAGACAGUUUGUCAAGAAGCUGGGAGUUGUUGUGCCAGUUGAAGUGUUGAGACUUCCAUUUGAACCAAUUAAGGAUGUAGGCGACUACUGGUGUGAAGUUACGGUUAAUGGAAUAGACACAGUUUGUGUCUCGAUGUCACUUCUGCCAUAUGAAGAUCCGUCUGCGAGUUAUCAAAAGCAGCUAAAAGUCAAAAGGCAGCAGCAGGCAGCUGAAAAUGCUUUAAAGGCUGAGGAUGAGGAACCUGUUGUAAACCCCUCUUAUGAUGCAGCAGUGGAAGCUGAGGGUGGUAAAGACCCCGUCCCUCACAUUAAAGACGCUUCAGCAACUUCUAGUGAAGAAACAGCAGCAGCAACUGAACAGACAUCUCAGGACACAGCAACACCAUCAAACAGCCCAAAAAAAGAUUAAAGCAUAUUAAAUGACAAAGGUACUACAAAGGACUGUUUGCAUACAUACAUGAGUCUGGAAAUAAAAAUCGGCUUACCCUUU